GAAGGAAAGACGUGGUUGAAAAACCCCUGUGUGAAAUGCUCUUGUUUCAAAGGUCAAAUUAUUUGUUCUACCUCUUACUGUUCGGUAAGCAGGUGCCUGAAGGGCUACAAGUUAAAGUCCGUCCCUGGAAAGUGUUGUCCUUCGUGUGUGGAAGAUAAUGGAGUGUGUACCGUUUUUGGAGAUCCUCAUUAUCGCACUUUCGACGGCCAGCUAUUUUCCUUCCAGGGAGCUUGUAAAUAUUUACUUGCUAAAGACUGCAGUGGAAACAAGACCUUUUCAAUUAAAGCAAUCAACAAUCCACGCCGCUCUGAGACCGUUUCAUGGACUCAUAAACUGAGGAUUAAGAUAGGUGGCGCUAAAGUCAUGCUUGGACCGUUCUUGAGAGUGAAAAUGAACCGAAAUAAAGUUCGUUUACCGUACAUCAAACUUGGCGUCCUUUCCGUUCUUCAAGAGGGCUAUAUGGUGGUUGUCAGAACUAACAUUGGACUUAAAGUUACUUGGGAUGGCGACAGCUACGUUGAAGUGUCUGUUCCUCCAGUAUUCAAGAACCAAAUGUGUGGACUUUGUGGAAACUAUAACGGCGAGCCUAAUGACGACUUGAUCACUAAAAAAGGAAAAAAAGCUACUAAUGUAGAAAUGUUUGGGAAUUUUUGGAAAGUAAGUCAUAUUUAACAUUGAUGGUAAUCAAAAUCCCGUUAAUUUACAAUAAAUUGGAAGAUUUUUUUGAAUGAUUUUCAGCUAUAAAAACCAGAAAUAAUCUAAAUAUCGAAAGGCCAGCGACAAGUCUGUGGACUUAUAACGCCAAAAAUUAGU